AUGCACAUGCGCUGGAAUCUGCUGAGUCCUGGGCUCUGUAGUGGCAAAUUUUGCAAAUGCAAGCUUUGCGUCAUAAGUAUCCAUGCUGCGACUGCGGAAACGCAUGGUAACGCUCAUGUUCCACUUGCUCAGCUCAACUACAAAUGGGGAAAUCCAUUCGGCACUUCAAAAGGCGAACGUGACGAUCUUUGCACAGAAUCCGGACGUCGAGCCUCAAUUUACGAUGUUAAUGUCACGGAACGACGGCGUACAAACAACAUCCGGAGGAGCAUUCACUCUUGGUAUAUCCUGACGCUAUCUCCGCGUGCUAUCGUUUCUCCAGUUGAGACAUCAUCGACAGGAAACCCGCUCCCAGAGUAUGCGAAUGUCACAGACCAACCGAUUCUGCCAAUCGUGAACACGACUGAAGGGAGACAGAACUGGACGGUGAUGAUAGAUAGCAUCAUCUUCAACAAUGCUACGCUCGAAGUGAACGCCUUGUCAAUUCCUCCGGGCCAACCAACUAUCGCACCCUACGUGCCUUGCACCGCGAUGAUUGAAGUGGCCUUUGUCAUUGGGGGCAUAGCAUAUGCCGUGAAUCCGCUGGAUUUGGUGACUCCAGUCGGAUGGGCCAGCAAUGGGACGAACAUCCACAAUGGCGCAUUUAUGGCUCUUGGUGAAUCCGACUCGGCAGGUCCAUUAAUUGUCUUGGGGCAAUCAUUCCUGCGGAAUGCAUAUGCACUAUACAACCUGAAUCCCACGGGAAACAGUAACAAGAAUACAACACUUCCAUUCGUACAACUACUGAGCGUUACCGACGCGAAGGAGGCUGCUGCGAACUCUACCGCGCAGAACAAUGCACGUCUCGAGGCAUAUACCGCAGCAUAUGGUUUCAAGUAUGUCGCACAGUCAUCCGCCCAGGGACUGCAAAAAGCUUCGGUUCCAGGAUGGAUAUUGCUUGUUGGCGCGUCCGUAUUCCGUUUAGAACUCGACGUACUCUCAAUGGACUUUCAUGCAGGCCUUGUGUCAUUCAUGCAUCUCAUAGGCGCAUGUUAG